AUGGCCGACGUACACCAGCGACAGCCGACAACUUGGCCGCCGUACCACGAAGGUCCGACGAGCGCGACGGGUGACGUCGGGACAACAGCACAGCCUCUGGAUGUUCACGGCCAGCGAUGCAACUCCCGUGAUCAGGACUGGGACAACUUCAUGCGGUCUCUCGAUCAACAAGGCCAGGAGGCGUCGUCGGCAGACAACAUGAAUCUCCUGUUCGGACUCGAAAGCCUACCCACCCAGUUCGGAGCCACCAACGACAUGUCUGACUUCGAUCCGUCGCCAGCCACGACCUCAGAUAGGUCGCUAUCUUCGUCAGUAUCGGACCCGAAUACUGCAACGCAUCCGUUCCAGACCUGGCCGACUAUGCCGUUGUCACAGCAGGUGCCGGCUUUGGAGUAUCAGCAGCAUGUGAUUCAUCCAGGGAACUGGGUGCCUCAGCAUCACUUUCACCCAGCACCCAGCUUCAGUAUGCACGGCCCUGAAGGAUUAGGCAUCCAGAUGAUGCCGACAUCCCAUCCAAUCAACCAGCAUCAACAAAUGCAAUUCCACGAAGUUUAUCCUGAGCACCAUCCACCUGUCCAUCCGCAACAUGGCUUCCAUCACGAGAUGGCCAAUGGAUGGGAGCAGCAAGAGCGAAGUAUGCCGCCACGUGAAGAGCUCUUCUGUGACGACAAUGAUGGCGAGAGCACGGACCCAGCUGAUCCAUGCUAUGCUCAACUACUUUACCAGUGCUUGAAGGAGGCACCGGGCUAUACGUUGUCACUUCGUGAGCUAUACGAGUGGGUGUCGCAACAUAGCCAGAAGGCCAAAGACCCUAAGAAUCGUGGCUGGCAGAACAGUGUGAGGCAUAAUCUGUCCAUGAAUGCGGCCUUCGCACGAGUACCGCACGGCCAACACACUGGACCCAAGAAAGGUAGCCUGUGGCGUCUGACUGAUGAAGCACUUCGUGAUGGCGUUAUAUCGACCACCCGCUACCGCAAAGACCCAAAGCGAAAGCCUGAGCGCCGCGCCUUUCCAGCUUUGAACCGUCAAGCAUCGGGCGCAAAGGGUGGCCGCGCGACCAGAGACGCUACUCGCCUGCGACAGCAGCAACAACAGCAGAGGGUUCAUGGGCUCCCAAUGGCCGGCAGUAGCCACCGUUUUCGCCGCCAUCGCCACGGACCACAAUACAGUCCGUACUCCACACACCCCCACUCUCUGGAGGCCUCACCACAGCCAGGCUUCAACCCGCUUCCACCAACACCCCAAGGUGCCAGUCCAUACUUUGUCGACGAGCCAUGUGGGUACCCUCCUCUGCCCAUGUCGGCACCACAGACCCCACCACCAGGCACAAGUAUGGAGGAGCUCCAAGAACUCAACUUCGAUAAUGCACAAAAGCACUACAACAACUUCGAGUUCCUACCACUUGACCCAUACAACGGAGGCCCGAAUGGAUUGUUUGGCAACCAUGACCCUGAGUUGCCGCAGCAUGAUCCGGACACGCCAACGCCAUCACUCAUGACUGAAGCAAGCUUCAUGACUGAUGACAACUUACCUUCCGCUGUCAUGGCGCAUGCUCAACGUGAUGAUGGCACGGGCUUCUGA